GUGGACAACAGGUGCACCACCGCUCCGGUAAUAAUGCCUACAGAGCGCCUGUAUUCGCUCUGCGCUGGGCUUUUCAGGAUACACUCGCUGCUUUUUAUGUCUUGAUUUUCUUCAUUAUUUCUGACCGUAAAGAUGCCUUUUCCUCCGAUCAGCCUCCAACAGCGGAUCUCCUCUCCUGGCAGGGAACUAUUUGGGAAAAAGAAGGGCAACGCAGACCACUCUCAGGCUGCACAAGCCGGCAAAUCUGGAUCCGAAAAGGGAAAACAGCCCAGUUCCUGGGCAUCAGCAAACCUGCGGAAUCUGGGGCGAAGAUCGCAGCCGGAGAAGAAUAAAAGCCAAGCUCAGAAGCCCAGUUCAGGGCAAGAGACUCAGGGAAAGUCCUCCUGGCUGUCGGUGCCCAAACCGCAGGAGCCAUCCUUGGGAAUAAGGCGCUCCAGCUCAAUGGACUCCGCCAGACAUCUCAGUGGGAAAGAGGAAACAAAGAAGGAGAUCCAGUUCUCGCUCAGCCUCACUCCUGAAGCCAUUCUAGUUAUUAAAAAGCGGAACCUGGAGAAGCAGAUGAUGGCCAAGCAGCAGAAGUGCUGCGCCUCCGCGGACUUUCGGCACCGGCGAGUUUUUCCGUCCAAAAAGGCGCACGGAGCGUCCAAGUGCUGCGCUCCGGGCGGCAAGACGGACAGCGCGGAACAGCAGGACAUUACCGCCAUUGUUAAAAUAUCUCUGCUGAACGAUCAAUACAAGUACGAUGAUGUGGAGUACGAGGAUGAGGACGGGGAUGUGGAUGAGACCGUUGUGAGGAAAUGCAAAGAGUGGCUGAAAGGAGUGGAAAAUGCAGCUGCUUUGGUGAAAGCAGACAAACUUUCAGCACUUCCGCACCUCAAAGGCUGCUGACACCUGACUUCAAAUCUUUAUCAUUAUUAUUAAGUUGGAAGAAAGGCAUGACGGACUAAUUCGUUUUAUUUACAAGACUUCAGACAAGUGAAGGAGAUCUACUCUAAGAGGAUGUCAGGAUUUAAAAAGAUGUCACUAAGUUUAAAAUGCCACAAAGGGCAGAUUACUUUUAGAUAAGAAACAUUCAAUAAUACAGUUCAGGUUUAGAAGAGUCACGUUCUUUCACGUUUUUUUUUCUUUUUAAAUCGUCUUGGUUCAAGUUCAGAUGCCAUUUUGCUCUCACUUUCUUCUCAGUUUCUCUUUGCACACGGAUUUAUUUCCAGUGGGCGUCUGUGGAUUGGCUGAGGUCAGCGGAGGCAGCCAAAGCGCUCUUCUCCUUUUGUUGGAGAACAAUAAACUGCUGGAGAACAUCAGCGACUCAAGCACAGACUGACUGAAACCCAGCGCGGAUUCUUUGGUUUUUAUCUUCUGCUAAUUGGGUUCACUUGAUCAAUCAGUGAUGUGGUGAAUUCAGGAAAAAUGGGACAGGAAAAAAUGUAUGAUCUGAGCAUCAAAACGAAACCCCUUUUAGUCGGUAAAAUAUAUUUUCUAAAUUAGUACCUUUUUGUCCCAUUUUACCAAAUGACAUGGUAAAUUGAGACGUUCUAAACGAAAUAUAUCACUGUUGUCAGCACAUAAGAUCUGAUAUAAAGAUUUAAAUUUACACAUUUUUGAACGCAGUAAAAGUUUAUUAUGUGGGUUGUCGUGGUAGGUAGAGAAAAGAAAGAGCAAGGAAGACUGGAUCAUAUUUUCAAAUGAAUUUAUUUAUUUAACAGAAUUUACAUUUAUCUAAAGUUAUGAGAAAAGAGUCAAGCUGUUGGUAAUUAUAUCAGCGCUUUACAGAGCUUGUAAAACUUUGACCAUUUUAGUGACAGAUCAACGCAAAUAUGGUUUACUAUUUUUAUUUAACAAACUGGUGAGCAUUCAUAAUAAGUAUCACAGUUACAGUUAAAUUGUGCCAAUUUGCUAAACGUGUCAAAUAUAAUUUUGUCUCAGUUAUGAUAAAAGCAGAGAGCCAUGCUUUCAUAAAAUAACAUACUUAACUUUUCUCACAAACUGAAGAACUCAAAGCUAUAAAACACAUUAUAGGUUCAUUGUUAAAUUUGAUUACAAAGAAAAAAAGUGCCCCAAUUUACCUGAAUUCACCCUUAUCACAAAAUAUUGAUACGGUCAAAUAUUUUAUCAGCUGAAAUUUUGUAUUCAUUUUGACGUAAAAAAAAAAAGUUCUUAUACAAACUGGCCAUAUUAAAUUGCUUAGAUUUAUUAGUUUCUUCUUGUGUAUUGUUCUCUUGCUGAUUUGUGGUCUUUAGGUCUGUUCUUGUCGCUGUUUCCCAGACAGCAUUUUCAUAAAGGCUCUUUGUUUCUGCCGUGCAGCUACCUAGAGCCAUUUGGGCAUUAGCGUUUUAAGCUUCUUAGAUUUCCUGUUAAGCAGGGUUGACCAAUGAGUGCUGCAUGCGUUCCCAGGUGCACCAUUCCUGCAGGAAAUUACCUCCAAAAUAUGUCGAUACAUCAAACUAAACAUGCCACUAAUGUUUGUACAAGAAUGACACUUUAUUAUUUCCUGUAUCUCUUUUUUUAGAGUUAGGUAUUUUGCAGCCUUGAUGUUCUCCAUUGUUUUCUGCAAUAACUUUGUUUUUACCCUGGAAGUGUUUACUCAGGGAAAAACAGCUGAUCAGGAAAUGAAAUACAGUCAAUGUCACAGUGGAAGAGAAAUAAAGUUAUAGAAGGACCUU